AUGAAAUAUUAUCGUUCGAUACCUUUCCUACUGUAUUUUAUUGUUAUUGCCGAGGCGAGAAUUUACCGUCAGAGAGCGGCAGACGACGUCGAUGGACGCGGAACUACACACUUCCACCAGAGUGAGGAUGAUGGGAUAUUCGACGAUUUUGACGGGAUUUCCACAAAAUUUCAUACGGACCAAACGACCCCAACAACAGAGGCGCCACCAAUUCCGAUUGGUACUGAUCAGACAGAGACACCCAGCUGGGAGGAAAUAAUCACCACCACUGCCGCCCCCUUCGACCCAGUAGCCGUGGCCGACAACUUUGAGAACUUGCCGGUGACGGCGGCUCCAUUUCAGCCACCACAACCGCCGGCUUCGCCCCCAGAUCCGGUCCCUCAGGCUCCGCAAAUUCCGGAGCCCCAAACGGCUCCGUAUGCCGUCGUACCGCAGCCCAGUAGCUACCGUGCUCAGCCAAAUGCCUACCGGGCAUCGUAUCGCCGACCAGUGUAUUAUCAGCCCACCUACCAGUACCGCCCAGCCUACCGCCCACAACCACAGUACCAACCGCAACGUCCGGUAUAUUACGCCCAGCCGCAAGCCAGCGCUGCCUCUGAUGACCUCGUCUAUUUGACAGCUUCCGGUCCGGUGCCCGUCAACCCGGCGCUGGGACCGAUUAUUCUAUACGGAAAUUCUGGAAAUUCCGGCACAUCCGGUGGCGGCGGAUCCGCAAUUGGUGGAUUUGGCCAAUCGACGCCAAUGUACUCGGGUUACGGUAGCGGAUACGGUGCCGGCUACGGUAGCCAAACCUACAGUACCCAGGCCACGGCAUACGGAUACGGUAGCGGCGGUGGAUACGCGCAAGACUAUGGUCGCUGGUCCCCCUACGGUACGACGUACAAAAUUGGGCAGGACUCGCUGGGGUACCUCGGC